AACUCUUCUCUUUUCAACCUCUCCUUCUCCUUUUAUAAGAACCCUACCACAGCAUGAUAAGCCUCUUUCUCAUUAAUUUUUAAUUUCAUAGGCUAUAAUACACACUUGUUAUGAUUCCCUUCCCUAGCUAGCUACCCACCCUAUCCCUCGGUACUGUCCACUGUCCAUUAUUUUUGCCUAAUUAUUAACAACACAUACAGUUCUCUCUUUUUCUCUCCAUCCAUGACUCCUUAUUCUCUGAACCCACCAGGCCCUUCCAUACAAGCUGGUCAAACCCAACUCUUCAAUAUUUCUCCUAAUAAUCAGGAUUGCCGUACCAUUUUUAACAUAUUUGAUCCAAGGAAAACCAGGAUAGAAAUUGGAGGGUUAAGAGAUAAUUAUCAUCAACAGGAUGACAAGAUGAUGGUAUUGCAUGAUGGAUCAUCAAGCAACAGCAACAAGUCGUCCUUCAAUAAUAAUAUUUCACCUGAGCCAGUAGUUGUUAUGGUUGAUCCAAUUAUAAGCAGCGCAUGUGAUCAGCAGCAUAAUUUACCCUAUGAGGAAGAGAGUAAAAAUAUUGAUGAUCACGGGUCUGGGAACAAAUGGAUGUCUUCAAAGAUGAGGUUAAUGAAAAAAAUGAUGAGACCGAGUAUGAGUCCAACCACUGACAAAGCAAUCAAUUCAGGGCUCGAAAGCAGCAGCAGCAGGUACAGCCAAAGAAGCCUUUGUAACAACAACGCCAGUAGCACCACUAGGGUUUGUUCGGAUUGUAAUACAAGCACUACCCCACUUUGGAGGAGUGGCCCUAAGGGUCCUAAGUCUCUAUGCAAUGCCUGUGGCAUUAGACAGAGGAAGGCAAGAAGGGCAAUGACAAAAGCUACAAGUGGUUUGAUCACUCCCAUAACAUGUGCAAAGACCAGAGUGCACAACAAGGAAAAGAAGUCUCGUGCAAACCAUUUUGCACAGUUCAAGAACAAGUACAAGUCCACAACCACAACUAGUGCAGGCUCAUCUGAGGGAGUGAGGAAGCUUGAAUAUUUAAAGGACUUCGCCAUAAGCUUGAGGAGUAACAACUCUGAUUUUGAACAAGGGUUUCCACGGGAUGAAGUAGCUGAAGCGGCAUUGCUUCUGAUGGACUUGUCUUGUGGUUUUGUCCACUUAUAAUUAGCUAGCUAGAUAGAUAGAAUCUAGAUAUUUUUGCCAUUUGUUGUUUUUGCUUUAGUUUUGGUUUGGGUUUUCAUAUAAAAAAGUAUUUCGUAAUUACUUUGUUUGGUUGUGACUUGCAUGUGAGUUGUGAAGUCGAGCUGAUGCAUGUAUCUGCAACAGAACCAAAAUAUUGUCGGCAACGUUAUAUAUAGCUAGCUACAUUUGUGAUGAUUAAUGAUCAGUAAAAGUUUAUGUUAGA